GUUUUUAUUCUUUUCCCCAGUUCGUAACGUAGAUGGUGCUGUCCCUUCUUUGAUAUAAACAACAAUGCGCAUCAAGAUAGCCCCUCUAGAGUUUCCAACGUUAGAAUCUCAGCAAUUUGAGAUGUUUAUGCGUUACUCUUUCUUUCUGCCUUGAGCCUCACCUCUUCUAAUUUGUAAAAAAAAAUGGCGAGAAUUCUGCGCAAUCCGACGAGCGACACUUAGGCCGAAAGACACCAGCAAACAAAGCCAGCACCGCUUCCACGUUUUCUUAACAUGGUUAAAUCUGAACUCUCCAAUCACUACCACAACAACAACAAGUCUCCCAUGAUGAUGGCGAAGCCCCACAGAAACAAAAGCUCCUCUUUAUUUCUCUCCGAUGGAUGUCUCUUCCUCGGAGGAGCAUUCUCCGCUCUCAUCCUCGUCUGGGGUUUCUCCUCCUUCACCACCACCAUCCCUAACGACACCCCCAACUUCGAAUCUCUUUCAAAAAACGACGCCGCUUCGCACCACAUCGCUCCCGAUUUCAACUUCGACCCACCCGACAGAACAUUCUACGACGACCCGCAAAUGGGUUACACCAUGGACAAGAAAGUUCGCAACUGGGACGAGAAGCGCGAGGAGUGGCUGAAACUCCACCCUUCCUUCGCCGCCGGAGCGAGAGAAAGGGUUUUCAUGGUGACCGGUUCUCAGCCGAAGCCGUGCCGGAACCCUACAGGCGACCACCUUCUCCUGCGGUUCUUUAAAAACAAAGUGGACUACUGUCGGCUCCACGGGUGCGACAUUUUCUACAACAACGCGCUGUUGGAACCGAAGAUGUUCGCGUACUGGGCAAAGUACCCAGCGGUGCGGGCCGCGAUGGUGGCCCACCCGGAGGCCGAGUGGAUCUGGUGGGUUGACUCGGACGCGCUGUUCACCGACAUGGAGUUCAAGCUCCCCCUUGAGCGUUACAGGGAGCACAAUCUCGUGGUUCACGGCUGGGCCCACCUCAUACACGAGAAGCGGAGCUGGACGGGCCUCAACGCCGGCGUGUUCCUCAUCAGGAACUGCCAGUGGUCGUUGGACUUCAUGGAAGCGUGGGCCAGCAUGGGCCCACAGAGCCCCAAUUACGAAAAGUGGGGCCAGACGCUGAGGUCAACUUUCAAGGACAAGUUCUUCCCGGAGUCAGACGAUCAGACGGGCCUGGCAUACUUAAUCGCCAUGGAGAAGGAUAAAUGGGCGGAGAGGAUUUACCUAGAGAGCGAGUACUACUUCGAAGGGUACUGGGAAGAAAUUCAGGGAACGUUCAAGAACAUAACGGAAAAAUACAAGGAGAUGGAAAAAGGGGUGCAGAGGUUAAGGAGGCGUCACGCGGAGAAGGUGAGUGAAACAUACGGGGAGAUGAGGGAAGAGUAUUUGAAGGAUGCUGGGAACGCUAAAGGGAGUUGGAGGAGACCCUUCAUUACGCACUUCACCGGCUGUCAACCUUGUAGUGGAAAGUAUAAUGCUAUGUAUUCACCUCAUGAUUGCUCGAACGCAAUGCACAAUGCUCUCAAUUUUGCCGAUAACCAAGUCAUGCGUAAAUUUGGUUACAGUCUACUGGAUAACGCCGUUUCCCCUCUCCCUUUUGAUUAUCCCCGUCAUUGAUUCACCAAUGUCCACUCAGAUUCCCUAUCUAUAAUAUUUUAUUCCCAGUUUAAGGUAUCUUUUCUCCUGCACUGGAGGGGUUUGGAGGGAUAAUUUCAUUCUACCCCAAUCCCUAAAUGCCUGCCUUGUUUUUUUACUAAACAAUUCUUCUUUUUUA